AUGGACCAUGCACUGCAAAGGGACAAAAUUCAGUACACAGAUCCAGUCACCUUAAAAGGAAAAAAAAAUUGGUUCAAAGUUAACGACAUUACGUCCCUUACAAAGGAGGAAGAAAAUAAGAGACAAGAAAAAGCUAGAGAAAAGAGCUUUGGCAAAAAGCGAAAAUGCCCUGUCGGAGGGUCUGAUAAAGAAAGAAAAUCUUCCAAAGCGACAAAGUGUAAUGGUUCUAAUGUAACCUGUCCAAGUCUGUUGGAUGCUACUAUAGAUCAAAUAAUUUCCUCCGAAAAAUUGAAUGGGGAUACGGUAAACUUAUACUUUGACUUCUUAGGAGAGAAGCUGUUCUGCGAGAACGAAAAUAUUUGCCUGGGAAGCUCCUAUUUUUAUCCUUCUUUGCAGCGACAAGAUAACAGAGGAACGUAUAGCAAAUAUAUCGGAAAAAAGUCACUUUGGGAGUACGAAAACUUGAUAUUACCAGUUCAUUUAGCCGAUGAAAGGCACUGGAUUCUUGUUUUAAUCAGUGUCGUUAAUUUGUGCAUUUACAUAUACGACUCCGCUUACUGUUCUCAAGACACCUACAAAACUGUUUUCGGGACCAUAAAAACCAAGUUUAUCAGGCAGGAGCUUCAACACUUAAAGUCAGAAGAUAGGGCACUCUUCCAGGAAGAAAACUGGGAUGAAGAAAUACCUAAUUGUCCAAAACAAAAAAACCAAGAGGACUGUGGUGUGUUUACUUGCCUUUUCGCUAAACAUCUGAUUCUUUCAAACAACUUGGAUGAAAUAGAGCUUGACGAUACGGAUCCGCGAGGCGAAAUAACUAAUGAUUUGCUGGCCUUGGCAACACCUGGAAACAAAGUUGCUUAUCUCCCUCUCCCUUAAAAUCUGCAAUCAUUCAUCAGCAAUGAUCUCCAUACCUCAAUCCCCACCGAGGAUCAGAAGGUUGCACUAGAUCAAGAAGUUGCUAGUGCCGGAUUAACUUAUCGCCAGCCUCCCACACCUAAGGACGGCAACUGCUUGUUUCACGCAAUGAGUGACCAGCUUACUAGAGUGGGAAGGCUCCCUCAAACACCAUCAAAGCUUCGCUCAGAUCUAGUGCGCUAUCUUAAAAGUAAUUCUACAACCCCGGAUGGUGUUCACUUUCGGGAAUUCAUCAACCAUGGUGGUUGGGACACCUACCUGCGAAGGAUGUCAAGGGAUGGCGAGUGGGGCGAUUGGAUUGCUUUGUGGGGGCUGGUGAACAUGCUUAACCUUCCUGUAGCUUUGGUUUCCAGCUUAGGGGAGGGAGGAUUACAAAUUAUCAAUCCAGCCACAAAUGGAGAUGAAGGAGGGGACAUUACAGUUAUGGCCUUGCUUGGACAUGAAGCAGAAGUUCAUUACCAUAGCCUGGAAGCCCUUCAGGACCCUGUUACGGAGAUGAAAGUUAAAUACGGAGAGGGAAAAGUCACCGAGGAGAUCUGCCCAAAGUGUGGGAAAAAGUUUGCGUGCUAUUCCCAAGGAGUAUUUGAAGGGUUAAAUGGCAUGUUGCAAGUAUACUCCGACGACAGCUUCUUUUGCGAUAAUUGCCAGAUGUUAGAGGACUUUGAUUAUAUGCCAUGA